AUGUCAACAGAAGAACGUCCAUCUUUGGCUUGCAGGAAUGCGCCUUGGUCUCCUGAGACUACCAUUCAUUAUGAGGGUUCUGAUGCAUUUACGAACGCAACAAAACGAUGGAAUGCUUACGGGGCUCCGAAGUUUUGUGCAGCAGUCACCCCGUCAAAUGAGGAAGAACUUGCCAACAUCGUCAAAGUAGCCAAUGCCGCGAAUAUACCAUUCCUUGCUACAGGGGGGCGACACCACUACGGCACCACAUUAUCAAAGCUGCAGAGUGGUCUAGCAAUUGAUUUGAGCCGUCUUAAUCAGGUUAAGGUUGACAGCGAUCGGUCUGCUGUAACCGUUGGGGGUGGAGCGAAGAUCCGUGAUGUUCUUGGACCUGUUACCGAAGCUGGCUACCAGAUUCCUUCGGGUGCUUGUAGUGGUGCCGGAUUUAUCGGCUCUGGCAUUGGUGGUGGAAUAGGGUAUCUGCAAGGGGUCCUCGGUCUAGUCGUCGACGCCCUAGUCUCUGUCAACGUGGUUACAGCUCAAGGGGAGUUAGUUCAAGCAUCCGAAAAUACUAACGAAGAUUUAUUUUGGGCUCUUCGUGGAGCUGGGACAAAUUUUGGAAUCAUCACAUCUGCAAUCUACAAACUUUCUAAGCCUGUUAAUAAUGGGCAAGUCUUCUACGCUGACGUGGUUCAUCCGGCUAGCAUGAAGUCCGAAUAUUUUAAAGCCGUGGAAUCAUUCAACGAUGGAAUGUCGCCUAAGCUCGGCUUUUCUAGCGCUUUGUUCUGGGAUGCCUCAACUCAAGAAACACAAAUCCUAACUACGUUCAUAUAUGCGGGUCCCGAAGAAGAGGCUCGUAAGGAGCUUGCGCCGUUCUUCGACCUAAAUCCGGUAAUUGCUCGACUUGAGAAUAUCCAAUCUGACCGCAUGCCGGAGCUUAUAAUCAUGGGCAUAACGGAGGCUUCUUGUAAUACCACCGGAGGUCUUCACAGCAUCCAUCCGGUCUGUGUCAGAAAGUUAUCGGCUGAGACAUACAUAUCAGUUUUUGACAAACUUGAUACGUACUACAAGACCUAUGAGGACGUACGUGCUUCGGCCGUUAUCUUAGAGGCCUUUUCGAACCACGCGGUAGCUGCCGUGCCAGAUGAUGCUACAGCAUACCCCUGGAGAGAUGCUAAAGGACACUUUAUGAUACAAAUGCGUUGGACUGGUUUGGAUAAUCCAUUCGCCAAAACAGCCAAUUCCUUCGCAUUAGAACUACGCGGUGACAUCGUCGCUACGUCAGGAUAUCCGGAAUUAUCGGCUUAUGUGAGCUACGCCUGGGGUGAUGAGACACUCAAGCAGAAAUUUGGCCCACACAAGCUCUCUCGUCUCCUAGAGCUGAAGAGGAAAUGGGAUCCUGAUAACAUUUUCAGAUACUGCAAUCCCUUACUAACAGAGUAGGGAAUGAACUGAAGGAGCAGCCCCUAUUUAUGUUUCUCAUAUUGCUAAGCUAUAGAAGUAGAGUAGAUGAUACAGGAUCUUCAAAAUGUACCUACAAAUAGAGCAAUAGGGUUCUUAUGAACUAUUUACACCAUUCAAAUCCAGAUAUAUAUAUCUAAAAUAUCGCGUUGUGCGUAAAAGGCGUGCUCUUCAUCCAGAGAACAAGUCACCCCGGUGUAUUGCAUAUCGUAGAUUUUGAUUUCUGUUAGAAGGCUAUACUGGUUAAGGUACUGAAGAGGUUCUUACGUCAUCAAAGAUAUCCCUUUAUCACGUGAUAUUAUCAGGGGGUUC